GAUCCUUUUAAUUUCCGGUCGGCAUCGUUAAGAGACGCUUCGUCAUUCUGCCGUGAUUCUAGAUAGAUUUGUGAAUCAAUUUCUCUUAAAAAGAUGAGCCUGCCGCGAGUUUUCUUUGACGUUGCUGCCGACGGUUCCGCGUUGGGAAGAAUUAUUAUUGAGUUGAGAACUGACGUCACACCCAAAACAUGCGAGAACUUCAGGGCUCUGUGUACCGGUGAAAAGGGUUUCGGCUACAAGGGCUCCACUUUCCACCGCGUCAUCCCCAACUUCAUGUUGCAAGGAGGUGACUUCACAAACCACAAUGGUACUGGUGGAAAGUCUAUCUACGGUGAGAAGUUUACCGAUGAGAACUUCGUCCUGAAGCACACUGGCCCUGGUGUUCUGUCUAUGGCCAAUGCCGGUCCCAACACCAACGGCUCUCAAUUCUUCAUCACUACUCUCAAAACCUCUUGGUUAGAUGGCAGGCAUGUUGUCUUCGGUAAUGUGGUUGAAGGCAUGGAUGUUGUUAAGAAGAUCGAAUCCAUGGGCUCCCAAUCUGGAAAGCCAUCCCGCAAGAUUGUCAUCACUGACUGUGGACAACUCUCUUAAAAAUACUGUAAUAUUAUAGAAACUAACUGCAAUAUUUUAAGUUUAAUGUUAUGUCCUCCUAAGUAAUACCUUCCCAGUCAUAAAAUUACCAUAUAUUUGAAGUUUACUGUGGGUCAUUCCAAUUAUGUUAUAAAAUUUAUAACUAUGCUAUAUUUUGCAAACUACAAAAUGCAUUUACUCCUGUGCAUUGUUUAUUCAUAAUAAAUUAACUUAUAUAAUGA